UGUAUACAAGUUUUUGUGGUGGGAACCCAACGCCAUAACUGAAUGUUGAAAACUUAAAUCCUUAUAGUUUAAGAGAGUAAAAUUUGUUGCAGUGGAGAUUCAUUUCUCCAAAUAGCAGUGCAAUUUGAGAUCUGAUUCAGAUUUCUUUGCAACUGCAGAGAUGAAAUGAAAUCAGAUCUGAGCUUCUGUUGAGACUGCGAUUUGAUUUGCGGAGAAUAAUGGAGUUAGGAUCAUCGGAAUCGGAGGCGGCGCUUCCCCUUCCUCUGGCGUCGGAGUCACAGCAACCCUACGUCUCCGAACUCCUAUCAUUCACUCUUGAUCGCCUUCACAAGGAGCCCGAACUCCUCCGCGUCGAUGCCGACCGCAUUCGCCGCCAAAUGCAAGAGGUCGCCGUCGCCAAUUACCGAUCUUUCAUUGCCGCUGCCGACGCCUUAAUCGCCAUUCGCCACGAAGUCUCCUCCAUUGACAACCAUCUCGAAUCUCUCAUAAAUGAGAUCCCAAAGCUGACAUCUGGAUGUACUGAAUUCAUAGAAUCUGCUGAGCAGAUUUUGGAGAAGAGGAAGAUGAACCAAACAAUGCUAGCUAAUCACAGUACUUUGCUUGACUUGCUGGAAAUUCCUCAACUCAUGGACACAUGUGUACGGAAUGGGAAUUAUGAUGAAGCCCUAGAUUUGGAAGCAUUUGUUGCCAAACUUUCAACCAUGCAUCCAAAGUUACCCGUGAUUCAAGCACUGGCUGCAGAGGUUAGGCUGACUACCCAAUCACUUCUUUCUCAGCUUCUACAGAAACUUCGUUCAAAUAUUCAGUUACCUGAAUGCCUUCGCAUUAUUGGAUAUCUACGGCGAAUAGGAGUAUUUAGUGAAUAUGGAAUGCGUUUGCUGUUCUUGAGAUGCCGAGAGGCCUGGCUUACUGGUAUACUUGAGGAUCUAGACCAGACAAAUCCAUACGAGUACUUAAAAGGGAUGAUCAACUGUCACAGAAUGCAUCUUUUUGAUGUCGUUAACCAAUAUCGAGCAAUAUUUGCUGAUGACACAUCAGGUAGCGAGGAAAAUUAUGAUGGUGGACUUCUUUUUAGCUGGGCAAUGCACCAAAUUACCUCACACCUGCAAACUUUGAAAGUCAUGCUUCCAAAGAUAUCUGAAGGUGGAUCACUGUCAAAUAUUUUGGAUCAGUGCAUGUACUGUGCCAUGGGACUUGGUUGGGUUGGACUAGAUUUUCGAGGCUUGCUCCCAUCACUUUUUGAAGAAGCUGUUCUGAACUUAUUCUCCAAAAAUAUGAGUACUGCAGUAGAGAAUUUUCAGUUGGUCUUGGAUUCACAUCGAUGGGUUCCCUUGCCAGCAGUUGGCUUUUCUGGAAGUUCUGUUGGUGAUGAAAAUCACGAGGAUGUCACUCCGCCCUCUAAUUUGAUGGAGCAUCCACCUCUUGCUGUUUUUAUUAAUGGUGUAUCUGCAGCAAUGAAUGAGCUACGUCCAUGUGCCCCAAUAAGUCUAAAACAUGUCCUUGCCCAAGAAUUGAUUAAGGGAUUACGGGCAGUUUCUGAUUCAUUGUUGCUGUACAAUACAACGCGAGUGCUACGGGCUAACGAGUCGGGGCUUUUCCUCUCACUCUGCCGGUCAUUUACUGAGGUUGCUUAUCCCCAUUGCGCAACUUGUUUUGGGCGUUGCUAUCCUGGUGGAGCAACUCUUGUUAUGGAUGCCAAGAAUGUUUAUAAUGGAAUCAGCCGCCUUUUAGAGGCCUCCUCUGCACGAGAACUCCCAAAGGCAGUGAACAGUGGAGAAUCCAAGAGCGUAGCUGAGAAUGGCGAACUGCCAAAAAUGGAAAAUGGAGAAACUCCUGAUGCCAAAGAAUCUGAAACCGUCAAUGGCAAAGAAGUGCACGCAGAAGGCCCUGAAGAAGGUCCUGAAGAAGGCCAUACUUCGCAGACAGAUCAGGACGACACUAAUCUUGAAAAGCCGCUUGAAUAAUGACAUUAGAGAUGAACAAGAUUUUUAGUUUUUAUUUUUGAUAUUGCUCCCCCGUUUCAGUGUUUAUAUCUUGUCACCGUUAGUUUUAUUCUUCGUGUACUCUAAGACGGGCGUCGUCAUCUGUUGUAAUUAUAUUACGGGAUUACAUCAUACGAAUAGGCCUCAGAGUUUGUGUUAGAAAAACAGAGAUUACUUGUAGAGAACAGUUUUGUUUUUGGGGGAUAAUGUUUUCAUUUCCAA